AUGGAGGGACUUCAGUCGAGAUCGGAAGACGCAUUCGGAUUCGUGAGGACCGCGAAAUCCUCCCUUCCCGAAUUAGCCGACCUGCGGACAACUGUAGCGGAUGCUCUGCAAAGAAUCGAGCCUUCCAUCGACGAUGACGGAGAACUCGUACGUGCGUCUAAGACCAGAGAUAUCAUCAAGGACCUUCAGGCCCAGAAUACCCAUACGCAACAAGUAGUGGACUUGCUAAGAGACAAAUUGACCUCAAGUGGUUCAGAUUUGAUCCAAGCAAGGACUCGUAUUCGAGAGCUGGAGGAAACUCAUCAAGGGGACCGGGAAGCUCUCUGUCGCUCUGCUGAUGUAAUGCGCGAGAUGACUUCACGCCUGUCGGAUAUGUCAACUCGCCUACGGGACCAGGGGUCAGAGCUCGUGGAUGCUCUUGUGAGCGCUGCCAAUAAUGAAAAGGACCUUAUGCAACUACAGCAACGGGUCGAUCAAUUGAGCGACGACUUGGCUAGGAGCAACGAAGAGCUAGAGGGGACCGACGCACUGAAAGGACGGUUGUCGGAGCUGGAGAAGCAACUGUUACAUGAAUCUACCAAGUUGAAGGACACAUCCAUCGAGCUAGCAGAAGUCAGAACCCGCAGUGAAUUAGCGGCCUCAGCUGCAGACGAGCUCAGAGACAAGGUGUUGACUUGCCAACGUGAUUUCAAUGCGCAGGGCCAAAAUCUGCAUGCCCUGCAAGUGGCGUUGGCUGAGACGCAGGCUCGUUCGGAGGGCCUGAAGUCCGAGAAGGAGAGUCUACACUCGGAAAAUAUAUCGCUAAAACAGACCAUUCAGAAGUUAGAGACGUGCCUGGAGGAGAAAGGCAAAGAGCUGGAUGGGUGUAAAGAGAAACUACACGAUGCUCUCACCCAGUCUCAAGUUCUACAAGAACGUUUUGACGAUCAAAGUGUAACGCUACGGAUCACGAAGGAAUCCAACGGCAAUCUUCAGGAGCGACUCAUCACGGCCGAAGUAUCGUACGCGCAAAAGCUUGAAGCAACCACCAGUACUGCGGCAGCCGAUAUCCGCGUACUUCAGGAGCAGAAAUCGCAUAUGGACCUGCAGCUAAAAGAAGCAGCCGCCGAGCUUCGAUCUGUACGGGAGAAUGGUGUCAAGGAAUUGGCAGAUAUGCAAGUCGAACUGCGCCGUGUGCAAGAGAGAGCUGAGCUCAAGCUGAAGGCCGAAAGCGAGCGGGCCUCUCAAAUGGCACAUGCCCAUAUCGAGGCAAUGAAAUCACGGCAAGAGCUAAGGGAAGAUAUGCAUGUGCUCGAGCUCAAAUAUCAGAAUCUUCUUAGGGAAGCAGAACGGGCGGAGCAACUAUCACUUCAGCGCGAGGAGGUUAUCAAAGACCUGGAAGUCCGGCUCCGAAAUCUAGAGUCCUGUAAAGCGGCACUCGAAGAGCGGGCGAAGACCAUCGCUUCUCGAUACAGUCUCGGGAACCUGAGCGAAGAAGAAAAGACAUUCCUCGGCAACCUUACCCGAACUACAGAGUCCUUUUACGAGCAAGAGCUCAUCGCCAAAGGGAAUGAACUCAGAAAGACACGACCCAUACUUUCCCGGAAGAGAGAGAAUGCGCUGAAGGCUCUGCAAGCGAGAAACAAGCUACUUGAAUCCACUCUUGCUCGCCACCUGAACUCGCAGGCCAGAGCUCAGGCCCAGGCGGGCAACGAAUCACGUUCGAUGAUAGACUUGGACCAGUGGCUAUCUUCCCAGAUGAGCAGCUCACCGGCUCACGUCCAAGCUCAAGUUACUUUCACAAAGGCGCCGGACAGAGAUUCUACCAACAAUGAUGACAUAGGCACGAAUAGUCGAACCACACCAGCACCGCGUCGUGCGGUUCUGCCUCCUACAGGUUCCAGCCCUCCAGCCUCGGACGUAUACUAUCAACACCCUGGUCCCGCUGUCGUACGAUACACACCGAAGGCGACGAACACAGCAAUGCUGCCACCUGCCUCCAUUGUAGCGCAUCACCGUGUUGCUAAUGGAAGAAUCGCAGUUGAUGCAGCUAGCGGCGCUACGCUUCCCAUGUCGCAUCACACCACGGCCUUGAGCAGGACAACUUUCACAAGCCUUGCCACGGAUGGGUCAGACGAGAUCGUCGACUUCGACGAUGAUCGACGAAUAUCCCCCGGUAUCUCUAGCAAGACGCCUCCCCCGCCAGUAGAGACGGAAAUUGCAGGCUCAAGUGCGGCUGAAAGAGGUGAACCACCGAUGUCGAGCAGGAGUCUGCGAAAGAGAGAUAGAACGGUCUCGCCUGCGCCCUCUGGAAAUGGCAGACCCAAGAGACGAACAAAGGUUGCUGGACGCAAGUCUGGCGUCGAACCCCAGGCCGCACUGCGUGCAAAGACAAGAAAACGGCGCUGA